AUCGCUAUUUAUUUAUUUAUUUAUGCCAAAUUGCGACUGCUCCACGCCGAGGUUCUGUCGCUCCGUUCUCACUUUCUUCCCCGCUGCUACCACCGUCACCAUACUCGUCUUUCUCUCUCCAGAUGAGCAGGCCCGGUCGUUUGAAGGAGAAGGACAGAAAAAGUAAUUUGCUUUCUGUGGAUAAUUAUGAUGAAGAUAGUGCAGCCCGCACAAGACCAUUUAGUUUCGAAGAGAUUAUGCUUAGAAGAAAAAACAAUGAAUUGCUUGAAAAUGUAAAAGACCCUGCCAAGGAAGUGUGGAAUAUUUCACCUGAAGGUUCUUUAGAGAAGAUUGCUGAUCAUUUUGAGUCUCCAAGUAAACAUCAUAAGGUUCCAUCCCUUAGCAUGGAGAAACAUGCUUCAGAGGAACUGGUGAAUGUAAGUUCUAGAAAGAAGAUUAAGAGCACCAUUGUGAAGGAAGAUGAUUUAACUGAAGGGAGAGAUAGAGCAAACAAUGUUUUAGAAACCAAAUCAAGUGCUGGAUUAAAUAAUAAAGGCUGGAUAACUGAAGAAAAGAAUGGAAAAGAGAGGCGUGGUUCGAGAAAAAUUGAACAAAUGAGUAAAAAUUCUGACAAUAAACAUUCAAGAGAUUCAGUUAACAAGGACAGUUAUGAAGAAAAAGAUAGAUCAAAAUCUGCAGGGAAAAUAAAGAAAACUAACCACAUUGAAGAUGAAGAGAAUCGUAAUGAGUAUUAUACAGAAAGGAAGCAUGGCAAAGAUAGACAUGAUGGGGGGAAAAUAAAAAAGUGGUUAAGCAAUGAUUUUGAAGAAGUAUCUGAAAAGAAGCAUCAUAGAGACUCAGAUAAGCAUAUUCAUGCAGAGGAUAGAGCAAAAUAUGAAAGAGAAAUCAAUAAGGAAACAAGAGCAAAACAUGAAAGAGAAAUCAAGAGAAAAAAUCGAAAUGGAGAUGAUGAAAUUCAGGAUAGGAAUGCAACAAGGAAACAAGAGAUUGCAAAGCAUCAUAACCCACACAUCUAUGAAAGGAAGAACAGGCAGGAAAAGGUGAAGUCACAUUAUGAAGAACCAACCAUGAAGAGGAGACGGUCAAGAAGUCGGGAGCGCGAGGAUAGAAGAAGGUCCCCUUCUUUUUCACCAAGGGCACACAGAAAUACUUGUAAAGAUGGAGAGCGUAAAGACUUGUCUAUGCUUUCUCUGGCAGAUAGUUCUAGAAAAAAGCAUUCUGAUGAUAAAAAUAGAGUAUCAACUAAUGGUUCAAGUAGACGGUCAAGAAGUCGGGAGCGUGAGGAUAGAAGAAGGUCCCCUUCUUUUUCACCAAGGGCACACAAAAAGACUCGUCAAGAUGGAGAGCGUAAAGACUUGUCUAUGCUUUCUCUGCCAGAUAGUUCUAGAAAACAGCAUUCCGAUGAUAAAAAUAAAGUAUCAACCAAUGGUUCAAGUAGACGGUCAAGAAGUCGGGAAUGUGAGGAUAGAAGAAGGUCCCCUUCUUUUUCACCAAGGGCACACAGAAAAGCUUAUCAAGGUGGAGAAUGUAAAGACUUGUCUAUGCUUUCUCUGACAGAUAGUUCUAGAAAAAAGCAUUCUGAUGAUAAACAUAAAGUAUCAACUAAUGGUUCAAGUAGUCACCAUCGUGGCUAUCGUCAUAGUAGCUCUGCUAGUGGACUUGGUGGCUAUUCUCCAAGGAAGAGGAAAAGCGAAACUGAUAAUAAGACACCUUCACCAUCUAAGCAUUCUCCAGAGAAGAAACGCGCUGGAUGGGAUCUUCCUCCUGUAGGGACAGAUCCUUCUCCAGCUGUUGUUUCUUCUGGUUUUCAAUUGUCAAAUAAUAGUGUGUUGUCCAGCAUGCAUGAUGUGGCUUCUGGUACUUCUCUGGAUCUAUCUAUUGUGAAGCCUCUGCCGGUGUCAUUUUUAAAUGCGGUAUCAGCAGGGAAGAAUGUCAGUAUUGAUUCUGUUCAACUGACACAAGCUACCCGCCCUAUGAGAAGGCUUUAUAUUGAGAACUUACCAGCUUCAGUUUCUGAGAAAGUUGUGAUGGAUUGUUUCAAUAACCUCUUGCUUUCUGCCGGUGUAAAUCUUAUCCAACAAACUCGGCCAUGCAUCAGCUGCAUUGUGCAUAAAGAUAGGGGCCAAGCGCUUGUGGAAUUCCUUACAGCAGAGGAUGCAUCAGCUGCUCUUUCUUUUGAUGGCAGUACACUAUUUGGCUCCACGGUGAAAAUUAGACGUCCCAAAGACUAUGUUGAAUUUGCAACUGGUGAACCAGAGAGAUCAGUGGAAGUUGCUGUCACAAUAAGUGAUGUUGUAGUUAAUUCACCAAACAAGAUCUUCAUUGGUGGAAUUUCAAAUCAUGUUUCUUCGGAUAUGCUUAUGGAGAUUGCUGGUGUGUUUGGAUCUUUGAAGGCUUACCACUUUGAGGCUAAGGUCAGCAAUGGAUCAUGCGCUUUUGUUGAGUAUGUGGAUCACUCUGUUACUAUCAAAGCUUGUGCGGGUUUGAAUGGUAUGAAGCUGGGAGGGGAAGUAUUAACUGUUGUUCUGGCUAUGCCUGAUGCACCACCCAUGGAAAAUGAUGGUAACCCACCAUCUUAUGACAUUCCAGAGCAUGCGAAGCCCCUGCUCAGCGAACCAACAGAAGUACUGGAGAUUAAAAAUGUGUUCGCAGUGGAGUCUAUAUCAUCUUUAUCUGACAUGGGGAUCGAAGAUAUUUUGGAGGAUGUACGAUUGGAAUGUGCAAGAUUUGGGACUGUUAAAUCAAUUCAUUUAGCCAGGCAUAGCGAGGACAAGAAUGUAGCAACCAAAUCAGAAGUUAAAAAGAAAGUGGGUUCUGAAGAAGCUUCUUUAGAUACACACACUGUUACUAAUAAUAAUGCAGAAUCUAGUUCUUCUGAAGAGGCUACUUGCUCAAAUUCUAUGGGAACAAGUGGAAUGGAGCUUCAUUGUGAUAAAGAUCUAGAAGACAAAGAUAAUAAUGAUACUAGUGUUAAUGUUGAUAAAAAUGCUGAAAUUUUGGAUAAUACUGCAUUCCAAGAGCAAGAACAUCUUGUGACUGAUGCAUCAGUUAAAGAUGCUGCCAAUGAGGGUAUGCCUAGUAGUACCUGUCAACGAUCCCCUGAUCAUCAGGAUACGCCCAAUGAUGCUCCAGAGUUGCAUGAUAACAUGGUUGAUAAUGAUAUUGACAAGAGACUGGGUGACAAUAUGGACUUGAAGAACACGGUUUGUCCAUUUCAGGAAGGCAUAAAUGGAUGUGAUAGAAGUUCAGAAUUAGUUGGUCCUAGGAAGGGCAUUGAUGAUGAUGAUGAAAAGGAGGAUCAUACGUACAAUCAUGUGUUUGAACCAGGUUCCAUUCUGGUUGAGUACGCAAGAACCGAAGCCUGUCGUUCGGCAGCUCAUUGUUUGCAUAGACGUUUCUUUGAUGGCAGAAUGGUGACAGUUCAGUAUAUUCCUCUGAGUCUGUACAGAGCAAGGUUUACAAAAUGAGCAUUUCAAAGCGAGCCGUAAAAAGAGUUACCUGAUUGUGCAAGAACAGAUAAUUAAUGUGCUUGGUUAUAUGAGCAUAUUUCAUGGUGUAAGAUUUGUGCGAAAGGUAUUUUUUAAUUUUAAUAUUUAUAGUGGGAAAAAGCGAUCAAUGCCAAUGUGAUAAAAUGCAGUAGCAUGAUCAAGUUUGGAGCUGCAGAGUAGUUAUGAUGACUUUUUUUUAACCUGGAAAA